AUGACGUUGCGGUUGUUCAAGAUAACAUUCAAGUGUCCCAUUCUGUAUCUAGAUCGGUCGAUGAGAGACAAUAUGAGAGACACUGGUACCCUCACCGGAACCCUAGACACACAGUUGUCAUGGUCACCACCACCAGACCAUCACCACCGCCGACUUAUACCGCGCCGUGCAACCCCACUAAGUCAUUUGACUAAUCUGGAAAAUUUGGAUUUAAGUUUUACUGGUCUUAACGUCACACCAAGUAUCGAAGGUUGUAUGAGCUUAAUGAAACUGGAGAGGCUACAUAGUAUAUCUCUUGCAGAUAACAAGUUCAACAAGAGCAUCAUCUCAUGCCUAAGUUUCCUCCCAUCUCUCAAGCUUCUUGAUCUUAGUUCUAACGAUUUGGGAAGUUCCUUUCCAUUGCAAGAAUUAUCUUCCUUGAGGAACUUAAAUACACUUGACUUGAGCUCCUGUGGCCUUCAAUCACUCACAUUAAAUGGUACCAUGAGCAACCUGGUGCACUUGAACCUUGAUUCCAACAUCUUCAAUAUUGACGACAUGAAGUUCAUUGCUGCAUUUCCAUCCCUAAGAUUUCUUUCUUUGGAGCGUUGCUUCAUUGAGGGAGGAAGACUUUUUGCUAAUGGAGUACCUAAUUUGCCUUACUUGGAAGUUCUCCUCUUGAGUACAAAUAAUUUCAAUGAAACAUUGCCGAUAGAAGGUCAGCUUCUUUCGUUUUCCUUUGUUAGUUAUUGGGGAAUAUGAGGGAAGUAUGUUGUGGGUGCUUUUGAGCUGCAU